GGAACCUCCAUAUGCUACAGGUGCAGCCCUAGAAAAGACCAAAAAAAAAAAUUGUAUUCAAAUUCUUUUGAUUUUUUUUCAGUUUUGUGUAUGAAAGCACGAAUGACUUAUCCCUACCAUGACUUUUAAAAUGUCACUUGAACAGAUACUUGUCUUCUAACCAGCAAGAGGAAUUUAUUUUAGUUUCAUCACCAAUGCCCAUGUUUUGUUACAGAAUUAUGGCAGAGAUGUCCAGGCUUGUUUUUCAAUACCUACCCAUUUAUUAUGGAUUAUUAUUACAUCACUAGACAGUUAAGAAGAGAAUCACUCAAUUCUAAUAUAUUUAGAUGUGUUUCUUUCUGAUUUGGCAAAUGGACAGUAAGAAUGACCUAACUAUAUUUCCUGGAGCACCAGGGAUUUGCUCUAGAUAUUAAUAUAGCAGAACUUGGGUGCUAGAAUGGCCCAUCGGGGAACUAUAUAAUCUCUAGUUAAGUAGGUAUUAAUGGACAAUGGCCUGUUAUUCCUUCCUUAACCACAUUACCAUCUCAGUUCAAUUUCCUUUGCCUCUCAAAUAAGACAAACGUGUCACUAAAGGAAUUGGACAUCAAGUUUCAAACAGAUGAUACAGGUCAUAGAGAAAGACAGAAAAGGAGCCGAGAGAUGAGAUGCAUAUCGUCAGCUAACCUGAAAUGUUAAGAAGUGGGAACUUGUGAGUUUGAUAAAGGGUUUUAGAGAAAGCUCACUAAAUUCUCUUUGCUAUUGUUACUGUCGUUGAAAUCCGAUUUUGCAAAGAACGUGUAGGUGUUUAGGAAUUUGGGUUCUUCGCUUCUUUGGGUCUUUGUUAACUUCCCAUGUAAAACCCAGGGUAGGGAAGAAGCAAUUUUUUAAAAUCAGAAGGAACCUGAGAAGGUCACCAUUUUGCAGCUCCAGAAACAGAACCCCAAGAAGUUAAUAUAUCUUAACCCAAGAUCACACAUCUGGUUAGUAGUGCCAGAGCCAAGCCAGGGAUGAGCUCCCUUCCACGUCUCACUAAACUGAGCUACCACCGUCCAACUUCCUUCUACUACUACUAGCAUUCUGUGAUUCCAAGGAAGAAUAUUCAGCCCCUUCACUUUCCUAAUGCCCGGGAAUUCUUAUUAAGCUAUGACUAACAAAGUGUAAAAUAUGAGUCAAAAUUCAGUCCCUAAUAAAGUCAUUGUGACUUUAAUGAGUUUGGCAGUUGUUUCAUACUGCAAAAACAGGAAGAUCUCACACAAUGAGGCGCCUGUCUCACAGAUGGGCUCCUGCGCAGACGGCCACCCACAAGGGUGACUACUGGGGCUGUCUUCCUCUUUGGGGCACCGUUUUUUUGUUUUGUUUUGUUUUUCGUUUUUUUUUUUUUCUCCUGUUUACCUCAUCUUAAGGUUAUCGGUAGCAGGAAAGGGCCUGCUUUAUCUAGUCUUUGAUAGGAUGAAGACUAUUUUUGAUCACAAAAGAUGCACUCAAGUAAUUUCCAAGUCACCCUCUAACAAGUUCAGCUCUUUCUUAAAAGUAGCUCUUUCAUGUGUUGGAAACUAGCUCCUUGUAUUAUUACUCUCCUGGAUGGAUUAACUCUUAGAAACAUAGACUCAUCAAUUUUUAGAACUGGGAUGAAGUUCUGAGUUGAUUCUGGUCCAGCCUUCCUGUGUGAUUAAUUUAACUAAGAACUCCUUUUUCAAGAGAAUUGCUAGCUCGCCUGUGGAUCUCUGCACCAAGCCCAAACCAAUCCUCAGAUGAGAAAUACAGAAAAAUGAUAAAGUGUUCCAUCACUUCAAGAGAAGUUGGCUUAGAAGAAAAUAUUCUCUGUAUGCAGUAUUAAAGCUAAAGAAAAACUGCAGCUGUGAAACAGAAUGUUUAUAUCAAGUGUAAUUAAAUUUCAGCAUUUGCUAGUCUAUGCAUUUUAAAUAACUUCCCGCUAUUAAAGAUAGCCUUUCCCCAAAAGAAUUCACAUAUGAUUUUAUAGAGAAGAUGAAGUCUGGGCAAACAAUAUCUGAGCAUUCAAAUAGAGAAUGAUAUCUUUUUCCCUUUUCAAAAAAUAACUAAUUUCUGGCAGUGUUCAUGUAUCGAGUUCUGGGCAUAAGUUUCAGGAAGCACUGGGGGAAUGUGUAUUACUAAGGGUUCAUUCACAAACUCUGCUUGUCUGUGUUGAAAAGGGGCUUUGGCCAUUCCCUCUGGGGACAUUAUUUCUAGGUGAGCUCUAACAGGGUUUUCUUGUGAAGGCAGAUUCUUAACUGAAAACGAGGAUCUGUGUACCUUAGGUUGUAGAGACCCGUUCAUGUUUGAAAUAGUGUGCGCCUGUUUGUGGAUUUCUCUACCACAUUUAUCUGAUAAAGUAAACAAUGUCUCUUCCCUUUCAAUCUCGUGAGUAUUCUGGCCACAGUGUCCCUCAGGAGCUAUUUUAUCUUCUGAUCUGGACUGAACACCCAGCUUGAGAAGGAGACAGGGGGAGACUCCAAGGGUCUUACAAUAUAACACUCUGCAGGGAUGGUAACUAGAUCUUUUCCUUCGCUGGUGACUUAUUCUUAUGGGCUGAAGCACUUCCGAUUUGGGUUUUUCUGUUUUGUUUUGUUUUGUUUUGUUUUUUCCAGUAGUGUUGAGAGGUGUGUUUUCUGGGAAAUUUUGGUUGCUGGUAAUUAGUGUGUCCAGACUGUAAGAGGCUGACAUAAAAUUUAUCAGAGAAUCUUGACUGGCUUGGGCUGAGAGGCUGAGCCCCGAAAAUCAUGCAUCACUCUCAUUUUGUAUAUAAAACUAAGGUGACUUCACCAGACUGUCAUCUCUUAUCAAGAGCCGGGAAUGAAAGUCUAGAUUCAUCUACUACAUUGUGGCUGCCUCUGGCUCAAACAGAAACCAUUCCCAUAUGGGAAUCAGACCCUGAAAACCCCACUAAGCCAAGUUCUCCAGCUGUCUCCCCAGCCUUAACCUCAAACACAAGCUAUUCCAUUCCUUGAUGGGUCUCAUCACACAGGCCAGCCCUCAUCAUACUAAUUGGCCUCUGCAAUAUUAGAAUAUGAAAGAUACCCCCUGUGCUCCCCCAAGGCCACGUCUGCCUGCCUUCGUUUGUACAGAGCCCAAUAUAAGUGGGCCCUUCAUAAAUGCUUUUUGAUGAGAGCAAUGAUUGCCUUAGUCAGUGCGGUUGGACCCUCCCUUAUGGUAGAAGGAAACCAAAGGCUGUUGCUAAGCAAUGUUUAAAGGACUGGGUCAGUUUCUGACACUGAGUGACCUCCGUUUGCGUACUUUACCGUGUUGCGUGUUUUCUGCUUGCCUUAGGAUGACUUUGGGUUUCGGUAACACGUCUAUGCCCUUAGCAAAAGGCUCAUAGGAGAACUAACUUAGGCAUGAGAAGGUGGGAGGUGAUUUUCUCCUGUUAACUACUUACCUGAGUCCACUGACCUUAAUGUGAACUAUGCCGGAAAGGUAGGAGCUUGGUUUAUUCUCACCCCUGUAGCUUAGAGCCACCUCUCUGUCAGGGCCCUGUGGCAGUGGGAGGUGCCAACGAGAAAGUAAGAAGCAAAGUCUGUCCUCUCCUAACCUUUUAGGGUUGAAUUUCUACCUAUUUCUAUAUUCUGAGCUGAAGGGCAAAUAUGGCUUAUAAAAAUCGGCCCCACCCUCCCCAGACAGUUAACUGUUGUGGUUAACAAACACGCCUUAAUAUAUCUACUUAUUUUACUAGGAUGAAAGCAGAUGAAAACCAUGAAAGUGGUUUUUGUUUGCUUGGGGUUUUGUUUGUUUGUUUUUUACAGAUAUAGCCUCAAUGCUUUGCCUGGCACAUUUGGGGUGUCCAAUAAAUAUUUAUCAAAUACGUGAGAUGAAAUGGCAUUAUUCAACUGGUACAAACCUGACAGCCUCCAAAAUCUUCCUAAGCAUUUCCAAGCGACCAAAGCAAUCAAAAUGGGGAUGACUGCCUGAGUGUUAUAUUUGGCUCGGUCUAGUGCGGAGACAUAAUUAAAGAAGUCAUCUGUCUCUAUGUUUUUUUACAAGAUAUUUUUUUGCAAUGUUCCAAGUAAAGUUUGCUUCUUUGCCAAAUUUCAGCUGAUCCAUCCGAGCCCAGAAACCUGCCUUUUCCAGCUUCUCAGGCGUUGUAAGUGCCUGUCUUUUGAGAACUGAAAAUGAGAGGUUCUUAUGACCGAGCAGCUCUGUCUCAAAAAAUAAAGGACUUGGAACGUAUUCGAUUCACCCGGAGUUCAAAUUGCAGAGACGUUCAACAAGUAAAACUAGCUGAGAUGAUUCAUUCAGAGAUUUCUGGGGACUGUUCUUAACAUAUCGUAUCAUGAGAAGACACACACAUACAGCAGGGCUCUCCAGAAGGCAUGGUUGUGCAUGCCUCUUUGAGGACAAUGCUUAGAGCAUUGAGCCAGGGGGUGGCAACACUGACGUGCACUGGCUUCACCUCAAAAGGCCUGGUUUCCUGGGCACCGGCAGUGGCAUGAAGGGAGCCUGGUUGCUUGAAGUGAAGCCAUUGUCUGUGCAGGAUGCUCAUUUGAAAGGGGAAUGCCUCACAGGAAGAGAGCCAAUUGAGAGCGGGGCUGUUGCCAUGGUACUUGGCUCUUCCUUUAGCUGCUGUACUUGAACUCCUGGGAGGCGGGGGGUGGGGUGGGGGGGUCGGGUAACUGAGGAGGGAGAAGGAGGAGAGUGAGGUGGGCCUGGGUAGGGAAUCCUACUGCAGGGCUCUGGUCUUAGACGUUCUUCUUUCCUGUAAUCUUUCUAAAGUGACAAGGCGAGAGCGAGAGAGCAAGAGCAAGAGCAAAAGAGAGAGAGGGGACACUACAGGAAAGACUCCCUCAACAUGCUCCAGAUUGCUAGCGCAAAAUAAAAAUUAAUUUACCUCUCAAAUAUUUCGCACAUGAAUUCGAAGAUGCAACACUGCAAUACCAAAACAGCACAGUCAUUCAUAACCCCGAAUAAUUCUCCAUUCAUGCAGCAAACGAUAGCUUGUAUUUCCUAACACACUCCAGAUCCUAGAUGAAAAGGUGAAGUGUGUUUAAUUCAUUUAUCGAAUGCAGUCUCAUGUGCAUAUUAAUGAGCUGAUGGAGGGUAGAACAUCGCAUUCUGUGUGCAAAAUACUUUUCAAACGAAGUCGAUUCUACUCGCAUUCGUUGCAUGGUGAAAGACAUCUAAAGGCACUGGCACACUGCUGGUGUGCAAAAAAAAUCUCCCCAAAGGCUAGCUAAAAAAAAAUUUCUUGUAUAAUGAAAUCCUAGUUUGAAAAUGGCCACAGUUCUAAUUUUUUCCGUUUUCUUUUUUAAAUGUUUAGAGCAUAAAUGAAUUAAAUGCACAUCACUUUGAAAGCCUGAGAGUGGCUGAGCUCUGAAGCUGCCUCUGCAGUGUCCUGGUCUCCGCAGAGGAGAGAGGGUUAAGAACACCUAGACGAAAUGGGGGAGGGUUCCGACUUGAGAUUUCCUUAAAUAUUCAUGGGGCUUCCUCCAUUUUAAUCUUCUGCUUUAAAAAAGAUGGCUGUGUUUCCCAGCCUGGCAUCCCCUCAGGAAAGAAUUGCUCCUUCCUUGCAGAGUUCAGCUGAGCAGGACUAAUCUAGAGUGGAAACCCCUUCGGCCACCAGGACUAUUCAUAAUUCAUAAGUGCUGCAAACCAGCCAGCUGAAUGCAUUUGGACAGGCUCUUGCGCCUUCGUGCAAUUCCAGAUUUCAUUACUCUCUCUGCCAAGAACGCAAGCAGGGAGCAUAGGCUUCUUGCAAGAAGGGAGUGCUGAAAUGGGCUUUGUUUGGAUUAGGAAAUGCCCUAAAUUUUGAAGGCUUUGUCUUUCAUAAGGUUUGAUUUUUUUUUUUACCACCGAAUCUGCAAGGCUUUCUCGAUCCUUGUGGGACCGCUCUCAGAAACGGUGAAUUCUUUCAAAGAGAUUUGUGGAUUGUUGCAAAGAGGGAAUUCCAAAAUGCCUGAGGCAAACUAUUUAUUAUCUGUAUCUUGGGGUUACAUCAAGUUCAAAAGAAUGCUGAACCGGGAGCUGACACACCUCUCAGAAAUGAGCCGUUCGGGGAAUCAGGUGUCUGAAUACAUUUCAAAUACUUUCUUAGACAAGCAGAAUGACGUGGAGAUUCCAUCUCCUACCCAGAAAGACAGGGAGAAAAAGAAGAAGCAGCAGCUCAUGACACAGAUAAGCGGAGUGAAAAAACUGAUGCACAGUUCAAGCUUAAAUAACACAAGCAUUUCACGCUUUGGAGUCAACACGGAAAAUGAAGAUCAUCUGGCCAAGGAGCUGGAAGACCUGAACAAAUGGGGCCUUAACAUCUUCAAUGUGGCUGGCUAUUCACACAACAGGCCCUUGACAUGCAUCAUGUACGCCAUCUUCCAGGAAAGAGACCUCCUAAAGACAUUCAAAAUCUCCUCGGACACGCUUGUUACCUACAUGAUGACGUUAGAAGACCAUUACCAUUCCGACGUGGCCUAUCAUAACAGCCUGCACGCUGCCGACGUGGCCCAGUCAACCCAUGUUCUUCUUUCCACGCCAGCGUUAGAUGCCGUCUUCACCGAUUUGGAAAUCCUGGCCGCCAUUUUUGCAGCUGCCAUCCAUGACGUGGAUCACCCUGGAGUCUCCAAUCAGUUUCUCAUCAACACAAAUUCAGAACUUGCUCUGAUGUACAAUGAUGAAUCUGUGUUGGAAAACCAUCAUCUUGCUGUGGGUUUCAAACUGCUCCAAGAAGAACACUGCGACAUCUUCCAGAAUCUCACCAAGAAGCAGCGUCAGACACUCAGGAAGAUGGUUAUUGACAUGGUCUUAGCAACUGAUAUGUCCAAACACAUGAGCCUGCUGGCAGACCUGAAGACAAUGGUGGAAACAAAGAAAGUUACAAGUUCCGGUGUUCUGCUUCUGGACAACUAUACCGAUCGUAUACAGGUCCUUCGCAACAUGGUACACUGCGCAGACCUGAGCAACCCCACCAAGUCCCUGGAAUUGUAUCGGCAAUGGACAGACCGCAUCAUGGAGGAAUUUUUCCAGCAGGGAGACAAAGAGCGGGAGAGGGGAAUGGAAAUUAGCCCCAUGUGUGAUAAGCACACGGCUUCUGUGGAAAAAUCCCAGGUGGGUUUCAUCGACUACAUUGUCCAUCCUCUGUGGGAGACCUGGGCGGAUCUGGUACAGCCCGAUGCCCAGGACAUUCUGGAUACGUUAGAAGAUAACAGGAACUGGUAUCAGAGCAUGAUACCCCAGAGUCCCUCCCCACCGCUGGAUGAGCAGAACAGAGACUGCCAGGGUCUGAUGGAGAAGUUUCAGUUUGAACUGACCCUCGAAGAGGAGGAUUCCGAAGGCCCCGAGAAAGAGGGAGAGGGCCACGGCUAUUUCGGCAGCACCAAGACACUUUGUGUGAUCGACCCGGAAAAUAGGGAUUCGUUGGGAGAGACCGGGGUGGACACAGCAACAGAAGACAAGUCCCCGACUGACACAUAAUCUCCCACGUCGCGUGGAGAUGGACAUUCCAGCCUUGACAAGCAUGCCAGCUGUAUGGUAGGGCCCCGCCUGCCACGGGGGCCCGAGGCCUGCACGGGACAAGGGCCGUGGGGCCUUUCCAGUUACUUGAGUUUGGAGCCAGAGUGCAAGACCGUGAAGCAAAUAAUGGCUCAGGAAAUCCCUCGGUUGACUUGCCUUGCUGGCAAGCUUCGUGGUGAGCGGAAGCUUUCUGUGGUACUGGAGGCCCAAGUUCGCAUCCCACGACCGAAUGGCUUGAAAAUGGAAGACACCAAACUGAGAGAUUUUUCUGCACUAAGUUUCGGGAAUCUGUCCCCUCUAGUGACUGAACUGACUAAUAAUGUCAUUGAUAAAUCUGCUCACCUGUCCCCUUGUCUGCCAACCUGUGUGCCUUUUUUGUAAAACAUUUUCAUGUCUUUGAAAUGCCUGUUGAAUACCUAGAGUUUCGUAUCAACUUCUACACAGAUACGUGUUCCAAGUUGACAUAAACUUUUUUGACUCUUUCUGGGGAAGAAAAAAAAAAAGGGGAAAGAAAACCGUCUUCCUCCUUC